AUGUACCCCGCGAGUUCCCCGGCCGGCUCCGCCCCGGCCCGCGGCCGGCGCCCCCCGGCCGGGCGCCCGAGGGAGGCGCCGCGGCCCCCCGCCGCCGCGCCGGGCCCGCGGGCCCGCGUGGCGGCGAAGAUGGCCUUCCGCAAGGCCUACUCCAUCGAGGACAAGCUGCGGGCCAUCGAGCGCGUCAAGGGCGGCGAGCGGCAGGCCAGCGUGUGCCGGGACUUCGGCGUGCCCGGCGGCACGCUGCGCGGCUGGCUCAAGGACGAGCCCAAGCUGCGCUGGUUCCUGGAGCAGCUGGGCGGCGAGGUGGGCACGCAGCGCAAGAAGAUGCGGCUGGCCAACGAGGAGGAGAUCGACCGCGCCGUCUACUCGUGGUUCCUCGCGCUGCGCGGGCACGGCGUGCCGCUCUCCGGGCCCGCCAUCCAGGCGCAGGCCGAGGCCUUCGCGCGCCAGAUCCACGGCCCCGACUGCACCUUCAAGGCCAGCCACGGCUGGUUCUGGCGCUGGCAGAAGCGCCACGGCAUCGCCAGCCGGCGCGUCUACGGCAGCGAGGCCGAGCGCCCGCCCGCCGCCACCCCGCCCCGCCCGCCCGUCGAAGAGGCGCCCGAGCCGGCGCCCGCCGCGGACCCGGCGCCCGCCGCGCCGGCCCCGGGCGAGGGCGGCUACGGCGACGAGCAGAUCUACCACGCCGACGUCACCGGCCUCUACUGGAGGCUGCUUCCCGAGCAGGCCGCGCCCCGGGGCGCGGGGGGCCGCGGCGGCCGGCGCUGGCGGGGCGACCGAGUGACCGUGCUGCUGGCCGCCAACCUGACGGGCAGCCACAAGCUGAAGCCCCUGGUCGUCGGGCAGAUGCCCGACCCCCCCAGCCUGCGCCACCACAAUCAGGACAAGUUCCCCGCCUCCUACCGCUACAGCCCCGACGCCGGGCUCAGCCGCCCGCUGCUGCGAGGCUGGUUCUUUGAAGAGUUCGUGCCGGGCGUCAAGCGCUACCUACGUCGGAGCUGCCUGCAGCAGAAGGCCGUGCUGCUGGUGGCCCACCCGCCCUGCCCGAGGUGGGCCGCAGGGGUGCCCCCCUUGGAAGAGGGCCGGGACACCCCAAGGCUACUUUGUAAGCCCGAGCCCCUCGAGUCCCCGGAGGAGCUACAGACCCCCGACGGCACCGUUCGGUUACUCUUCCUGUCCAAGGGCAACGGCUGGGCGCACAUCCCCGCGCCCCUGGAGCAGUGGGUCGGAGCGGCCUUCAAGCAUCUGUACAAAAGGGAGCUGCUGCGUCUGGCCGUGUCCUGUGCCAGCGGCUCCCCGCUGGACUUCAUCCGCAGCUUCGGGCUCAAGGACAUGCUGUACCUGGCCGGGCUCUCCUGGGACCUGGUGCAGGCCGGCAGCAUCGAGCGCUGCUGGCUGCUGCGUCUCCACGCGGCCUUCGAACCCGGGCAGCAGCCUGUCCACCAGGCGGAAGAGGCGGCCGAGCACAGCAGGGUGCUCACAGACCUCACCCAUCUGGCCGCGCUGGCUUACAAGCGCAUGGCCCCUGAGGAGAUGGCAGAGUGGCUGCACCUGGAUGAUGACGGGGGCCUCCCGGAGGGCCGCGUGGCGGAGGGGGACCCCGCCUGGCAGCCUCCCCUGGCCGCCGCCGCCCCUCCCUCACCAGCCAGCCUGCCCUCCAGCACGGGCGGGGGAGAGGAGGAGGAGGAUGCCGCCGCUGAGCGUGGGGGGGUGUUGGUGGUGCCCACCGCCGGGGAGGCCGUCUGGGGGCUGGAGACAGCCCUGCGGUGGCUAGAGAGCCAGGACCCCAGGGAAGUGGGGCCCCUGAGGCUGGUGCAGCUGCGCUCCCUCAUCUCCAUGGCCCGGAGGCUGGGGGGUGUGGGGCCUUCCCCAGUGGCUCCCGGUGAUGGGGUGUGACCCUCUGGUGCACCGGGAGGGAAAGGGCACCCAGUCUGUCACGUCUCCCUCCGGGGUGGCCCGCUCACCCUGUGGUGCAGGAGACUGGCGGGCGUGGAGGAGUUAGUGGAGGAAGGCACCCGCCCCGGCCUCCCAGCUCCCGGGAUAGCAGGCCCCUGGCUGGCUGGGCCGGCGGCGCGCGCAGUGAGCUUUCUUGCAUAGCCGGUCGCACAGCGCCUGUCGGCAGUUCUGGCCCCCGUGGGGCUCCCUGGCCUCUCCCUGGCCUGCUGUGUGCACUGGGUGCCGCCGCUCCCUUCCUCCGCAGCCUGCUGCGGGUGCUACCUCCCCUCCUCUCAGGGGGGAGGUAUACCGCUUGGCUUUUGGUUGGGUUUUUUUUUUUUUUUUAAGCACAUUAAAUCUGCUUUUAAAGACACUCCUCAGAAGAUGCCAUGAGAACCGGGCAGAACGGGGUGGUCUCUGGGCUGCUCCUGCCCUUGCUCUAGAAACUUCUGGCUUGGUUCUGGGUCAGCAUCAGCAACUGGCCCAGCCCCGUGGCCCAGGCUGGCCUGUCACAGUGGGGUGAGGAGGAAGUCCAGCACUUCCUGGGGUUCUGAAAUACCUCUACCUACAGCAGCAGGUAUAGACUUUUUGGGGGGGCUUGAACUCAGGGCCUGGGCACUGUCCCUGAGCUGCUUUUGCUCAAGGCCAGCGCUCGACCACUUGGGCCACAGCGCCACUUCCUACUUUUUCUGUGUAUGUGGUGCUGAGAAUGGAAGCCCAGGGCUUCGUGCGAGCUAGGCAAGCGCCCUACCACGAAGUCACCUUCCCAGCCCAGGUGCAGACUUGUCCCUAACAAUAAACUUCCCUAGGUUGGCACACCUUCGGAUUUGACCCCUGGUGCUCUGACCAACCGCCGGGCAGGCUCUCCUGAGCUUGCCCUCGCCCACUGGCCACUGUGUCAGGCCCCGUUCACUGCCCGCCAGUGUCUUAGUGCCUUAGUGUCCCCUACGAGGGCUCUUCCCAGCCUGCUCCCCCACCCCAGCGUUUUCUACCUUUCGACACUGCCAAGGGGCCCAGGUUGAGAGGAGAAAGGGCUCCGGGGGCUGUCUAAAUUCCCUCUCCCUGUGAUGUCCCAUCCAGAUUCUUCUGGGUCUCGGUUUAGGAGGGGCAGGGGGGUGGCGAGAGGUGCUGCCUGCCUCCUGGGCUCUUCCCUGUCGUCACCCGUCCCAAAGCCAGAGACUCGGGAAACAAGUGCACACUCAAGGGAAAGCUGUGUACGGGCUUGGCAGUGGGGCAGCUGAAGGGUGCACUUCCCCAAAGUGGUUCCAUCGAGGCAUUUGUAAGAACAGCUCCCCAGAACGGCUUCCCGUCUCUAUUCAAAACUCACAUGUGAAGCUGGGAAUGUGGCCUAGCG